AUGGAUCAGGAAAAGCAACCGACCAAUGGCAACGGCACCGCCGACAAGGCCGCUCAGAACGGCGAUGCUGCCCCGGCCCCUCCGCCGCACAAGACUCCCACGACCCCUCCACCAAGCACCGAGGAUGCUGAGGCCUUCAAGGCUGCCGGAAACAAGUAUUUCAAGGCUGGCGACUACACCAAGGCGAUCCAGGAGUACACAAAAGCCGUCGAGGCAGACACGAAGUCGUCGACCUACAGGUCCAACCGCGCUGCUGCUUACAUGUCCGCCGGCAAGUACGUCCAAGCCCUAGACGACUGCAAAGAGGCCGAUGAACUGGAUCCCAACAAUGCAAAGAUCUUGCACAGAAUGGCCCGUGUCUACACCUCUCUAGGUCGACCAAGAGAAGCUCUCGACACCUACGAGCGUAUAGACCCCCCCGCAUCGCAAAAAGAUCGCCAGGCAGCCGUCACCAUGGACCGACACCUUUCCGAGGCCGAAGAACAAAUCCGCGACUCUACCUCUGGUUCCAUGGCCAUCUUCGCUCUCGACCAAGCCGAGAAGGGACUUGGCUCCACCGUCACCAGGCCGCGAAAGUGGGCACUGCUCAGAGGUGAGGCAUACUUGAAGAUGGGCAACGUGAAUGCUCUGGGAGAUGCCCAAAACAUUGCCAUGUCCUUGUUGCGCAACAACAGCGCCGAUCCCGAGGCCCUCGUACUGAGAGGUCGCGCACUCUACGCCCAGGGAGAAAACGACAAGGCUCUGCAACAUUUCAGACAGGCCCUCAACUGCGACCCAGAUUUCAAGGAUGCAGUCAAGUACUUGCGUAUGGUGCAAAAGCUUGAUCGCAUGAAGGAAGAAGGAAACGGCUUUUUCAAAACUGGAAAGUACCAACAGGCCGUUGAGACAUACACCUCUGCAUUGGAAGUCGACCCUCAAAACCGUGGCACAAACUCGAAGAUCUUGCAAAACAGAGCCCUUUGCUACACCAAGCUUAAGGAAUGGCAAAAAGCAAUCGAGGACUGUGAGCGUGCAUUGAAACUCGACCCCAGCUACACCAAGGCACGCAAGACAAAGGCCAAGGCAAUGGGAGAGUCCGGUGACUGGGAGGCGGCUGUCAAGGAACUGAAGUCCGUUGCUGAGAGCAACCCCGAAGAACCUGGUAUUGCCAAGGAAAUCCGCAACGCUGAGCUCGAGCUCAAGAAGAGCAAGCGCAAGGAUUACUAUAAAAUUCUGGGGAUUGAAAAGGAUGCCGACGACGGUCAGAUCAAAAAGGCUUACAGGAAGUUGGCUAUCAUCCAUCAUCCUGAUAAGAACCAAGGCGACGAAGCUGCAGCAGACCGUUUCAAGGACAUUGGUGAAGCAUACGAAACUCUGUCAGACUCUGAAAAGCGUGCUCGUUACGACAGCGGAGAAGAUCUCAUCGACCCCUCGGAACAGUUCGGAGGCGGUGGCUUUGGUGGUAUGGGAGGUGGCAUGGGCUCGCAAAUCGACCCCGAAGUGCUCUUCCAGAUGUUCGGUGGUCAGAUGGGUGGCGGCGGUGGUGGUUUCGGAGGCGGCAUGGGUGGUGGUGGCCGCAGAGGCGGCGGUGGUGGCUUCCCUGGAGGCUUCCACUUUGGUUGA